CAGAUUUCAGGGAUCCAGUUGCAAUGUGACGGCUGAUUUUUAAAAUUUUUAAAAUUCCAUGUAUUUUUUGUAUCCCUGGGUGUCUCCCGGGCAGGUGAGGGGUGUGCUGGUGUAGUGGCUGUGGUUGAGACACCGCAGGGAUGGAUACUUGAGGGACUUGCAGGUCGCACUGAGCCUUUUCCUUGUUUGCAGGGCAAGGAUGAGUCUGUUUGGAUCAACGUCAGGGUUUGGUACUGGAGGUACCAGCAUGUUUGGCAGUACGACUGCAGAUAACCACAAUCCCAUGAAGGAUAUUGAAGUAACAUCUCCACCUGAUGACAGCAUAUCUUGUUUAGCAUUUAGUCCGCCAACCUUGCCGGGUAAUUUCCUCAUUGCAGGAUCAUGGGCAAAUGAUGUUCGCUGUUGGGAAGUUCAGGAUAAUGGACAGACAAUUCCGAAGGCUCAGCAGAUGCACACAGGGCCUGUACUAGACGGCUGUUGGAGUGAUGAUGGGAGUAAAGUAUUUACUGCUUCCUGUGAUAAAACUGCCAAAAUGUGGGAUCUCAACAGUAAUCAAGCUAUUCAGAUUGCACAACAUGAUGCUCCUGUGAAGACUAUCCAUUGGAUUAAAGCACCAAAUUAUAGCUGUGUGAUGACAGGAAGCUGGGAUAAAACUCUGAAGUUCUGGGAUACCCGUUCACCAACACCUAUGAUGACACUGCAGCUCCCUGAAAGAUGCUACUGUGCUGAUGUGGUUCAUCCUAUGGCUGCUGUGGCCACUGCAGAAAGGGGCUUGAUAGUUUAUCAGUUAGAGAAUCAACCUUCUGAAUUUAGAAGAAUAGAAUCUCCUCUUAAGCACCAGCAUCGCUGUGUUGCUAUUUUUAAAGACAAAGUGAACAAACCUACUGGAUUUGCCCUUGGAAGUAUUGAAGGAAGAGUAGCUAUUCAUUACAUCAACCCCCCAAAUCCUGCAAAAGAUAAUUUCACUUUUAAAUGUCAUCGCUCCAAUGGAACAAACACAUCAGCACCUCAGGAUAUCUAUGCUGUAAAUGGCAUAGCAUUUCACCCUGUCCAUGGUACUCUUGCAACAGUAGGAUCUGAUGGUAGAUUCAGCUUUUGGGACAAAGAUGCACGAACGAAGCUAAAAACAUCAGAACAACUUGACCAGCCAAUAUCUGCUUGUUGUUUUAACCAUAAUGGCAAUAUAUUUGCGUAUGCUUCAAGUUAUGAUUGGUCAAAGGGUCAUGAAUUUUAUAAUCCACAAAAGAAAAACUACAUUUUUCUGCGAAAUGCAGCAGAAGAGUUAAAGCCUAGGAAUAAGAAGUAGUGAGUAUGAGUCUGACUUGUGUUAGUCUACUGUUUUUCUGCCAUUCCUGCCUACUCCACUGCUCUUCUGCCAUUUGUGCCCUACUGCACCACGGUUCAACCAACUUUGGAUCAGUAACAUUUAGCAGGAACUGUAAAAAUUACAGUAAAUGCAUUCUGACUUGCUGGAGAACAUUUUUUUCCAAUUAGAUAUUCUGAUGUGUGUAAGAAAGAGAGGCUAGUAUUCACAUGACUUAACCACUGUCUGUUCCACAGCAAUAAUGAAAUUGCAGCAAAAUCUAAAUUGAGUUAAGAAAUUCCUGCUUAGAAGUGCAACCAUUUGUAUCUAUGGAUUUAUUUUAUUAGUAUGACAUUAAAAUAUGUUAACUAUAAGAGUUCUGGAGAAGUUGUAUAAAUAUUGUAUUUUUUGUAAGUACUUGAGGAAUUGCAAGUAAUUCUUCUCAAAGGAGGCUUGUUAUUACUUAUUAUUCAGGGGUUCUUUCAUUGCUUUCUCAUUUUUAAAAUGGAAAUAUUGUCUACUGUAUACCAGAAAGAAAUGCCUUGCAAAGUGUUUUCCCUCAUUUUUUGGAUUAAUUUAGUUGGUGUGUAAGUGGCCAACAGCAGUGACAGAAACUCGAGACAGAAGAUGGGCAUAGUGCAAAUUCUACUUUAUUUUUUUUCUUGCACUCCAGCAGUGGAAAUGACUUUUGAGCCAACAAUACUCGUGCUAAUUCUAGUCCAAAGGAGAAAUUGUCGGUUGUGCCAAGUGGUACGUAGUUCAGCAGUACGAGCAAACCAUUAAGGGGUUUGUUUUGUUCCUGACCAAACUGAUGUGUGCAAAAUAAGUGUGGCCUAAACUGCUUUAAAACUGACACCUUUUAGAGUUAAAAGUUGGUUCCUUUGCAUCUGUCUUAACAUGUUUUUGUCCCUUAACAGGGGGUUUCUGGACUGAAAAAAAGUACUCAUUUUUGUAUUAACUAGAAAAUAGUGCUGGUGAGUUUCAUCCUCUGAUCAAAAAUGCUGUGAAACAAAACAAGAGGGUCUCUUUCUGACUUGAAUCUACCACUGUUUACUUUUAACUAGCCAGUUGUAUACAUGCCAAAGUUUUCUUUUUAGAAGUGAAUGCUUACUAUUCUUGUUUAAUUAUUGUUUGUUUGAUGAUGACUAAAUAAAAAUGGGGGGGAGGCGCAUGUAUAGAAAUACCUGUCAUAAUGUACAAAUACUCUGUAAAACUGUAUGUUGUAACACUUAUGGUUAUGGAUUCAUGCUACAUUUCAAAUAAAAUUUCUACUAAAUGCUUUUUUUA